CAAUUGAAUGCAUGGGGAUUGCGGCCUGGGGUAACCCGAGAAGUUGCACUGAUAUGCACUGAUCAAAUGGAUGUUGGCCAAUGCACGCUCAUCUCGGUGGCCAAAGAAGCCUUUGUCCCGAGUGGUGUUCCUGGACGUGGAUGGUGUUCUCAACUCUGCAGCAGAAAUGUCAGCAGGGCCCGACUACAUCCCAGUGGGCACCGGUGGCUUGUGGUUGGAGAGGAAUUUGUUGCAGCGACUCCGAGACUUGCUGCACAUCGGUCAGGCUUUUAUUGUGAUCUCUUCCAGUUGGCGCCGCGAAUGGGAAGCUGUUGAGGCUCUGAAAGAUUCAUGUGCCGAUGCGGGCAUCGCACGAUGGCGUUUUCUGGGUCAAACCGCAGAAAUGAAAGCGGCUGCACGCACAGCAGCCGGGCGACGUGUUGCAGAGAUCUCCCACUGGCUUACGGCAAGAAGAUGUGAGCUUGGCGUGCAGCAAUGGGUCGCAUUGGAUGAUCUGGAUUUGGCCAGCCAAUGCCCGGAACACUUGAAGAGGAAUAUGAUACGAACGAGCCCCUAUCAUGGGUUGCAGCUCAGCCAGGUGGAAGCGGCACUGCAGGUGCUGGGAUGCCGAGCCCCACUUCUGACAGUUCCUGAGAAAUGCAAGGGCAAAGGCAUUGUGUUGGACAUCGACGGUACGCUGAUUGAUUCAAUGCCAUGGCCCUGUGAUUCCGUGCCACAUCAGCCAGCACAUAUCGUGGAGGGCCAUACCGCGAUUUUUCCUCGCCCGCACCUGGACAAGUUCUUGGACUUCUGCUUUGAACGUUUCACUGGCGUUGGUCUGUGGACAACUUCAGAUGCAGAUUGGUGCUCUUUGAUCGUCAACCAGGUAUUGGGACCAGAUCGCAACUGGUGUUUUCUGUGGUCCCAGCAGCAUUGCAGUGAGCAUAUGCGGGACAAGGAUGGAAAUGAAAUAUCGGUGUGCAAAAAGCUGCGGAAGCUGUGGAAAUCCAACACCAGGCGCGCUUAUGGUUUUGACCGUUGCAGCAGCAUCAUCGUCGAGGACACAAAUCAAAAUUGCUACUUUAACAAGGGCAACGCAAUUAUAGUGCCUAGCUUCGAAGCCGACAAGCUCGGUGAUACUGUGCUGUUGAGUUUGAUAUCGUACCUACAGACAGAGGUGCUGUCGCGCGAAGAUGUGCGUUUUGCAGCCGGAUACGUUCCCAGUUCUCUUCCUGCGGAUUUUGAUGGGAAACAUUCGAUCGACUCAUAAGGCUGCCCAACAAUUACAGAAAAUGCAAGGCUCGAAAAUGGAAAGCUGGUAGGGCAAGCUGGUUUCCCAAACCGCAAAUGCCUUCCAGGACAACUUGGAUUUGAAGACCUAGUUUGAUGAGGAUGUGUGUGAGCUACAACCUAUCCACAAAGGGGCUGCCGGCGCGUCACAACAGAACUGAUCUCGCUGCGCCAGAGACUGCGUUACCAUGUGGAAUUCAUUCUCACGGCAGGUGCUUAGAAGGCCUCUUGACAAUGGAAUCAUCGUCUUUGUGGCUCUGGGAAUAGCAGUUCCCACCUUUCAGCUGGAAUCCGUAUCGGAACAAAUCCCUGGAUCACAUGUGGAACGAGCACACAAAGACGACGCAAGUGUCAUAGCAGCGGCUUUUUUUAGUUCAGGAAGCUGCAACCUGCGUG